UUUAAUCAAGCUAUCUAUCUAUUACUCUCUCAUGGAAUCUUUAACUGAAGAAGAAAGAAAGCAUGACAUGAAUAAGAACCUUUACGAUGCAUUAAUGAAACAUGAGAAUUAUAAAGUUUUACAACUCUCUCGACAACUGGAAUUGGGGCCAUUGCAUAUAUUAACCGUUCACGAUGACACAGUCCUCCAUGUGGCUGCCUACUCUAAACAAACAGAUUUGGUUCUCCUUUUACUCAAACAAUUGGAAACAUUGCGAUUCCCUGGGAUUCCUGUAGAUGGACUAAAGCAUUGUAAUGAUUUGGGGAAUACCAUUCUUCAUGAAAUAGCCACUUCUGAGAGUGUAGCAGCUGCAAGGGUAAUAUUGAAUAGAGGACCUUAUUUGCUUGGUAUGCGCAAUAAGAAUGGAGAGACUGCUCUAUUUCGUGCUGUUCGUUAUGGGAAAACAGUGAUGUUUGAUUUUCUUGAUGCACAAAUGAAUCAAUAUUUUCCUGCUAAUGAACGCGAGGCUGCUUAUUAUAAAUUUGGUGGAGCCACAGUUCUUCAUGCUGCUGUACACUCUGAGAACUUUGGUUUGGCCCUGUCGAUUGCUAAAAAGUAUAGUAAUUUGGUAAAUGAACGAGAUGCAGAUGGAAUGACUACUCUUCAACUUCUUACGUGCAAACAGCAUGCAUUUGGAAGUGGAGAGAAGUAUGGUUAUAUCAGGAGAUUCAUUUACAAUCGUAAUGAUCUAAAGUUUUGUACACAGAUUGAACGUUGA